CCUUCUUCCGUCGUUCUACCACCACCACGCCGCCAUGCCAUCAGCGCCCUCAGCGGCAGGCAGCAGUCGCAAAAGACGAUAUGACAACGGCGGAAACGCUGAGGCUGGUCCAUCAAAGCCGUCGAAGCUGUCCAAGUCACGCUCCCGCGAUACGCGCAGGCUGAAGCGCGACGCCGAGCAGCAAGAGAUCGACGACCUCGAAGUACGAUGCGCAGCAUUCGUCCCUCCAAAGGACUAUGCGCGAUUCGAACACUUGCCGCUAUGCUCAAAGACGGCUCAGGGCUUGAAAAAGGCAGCCUACAUCGACAUGACUGAUAUUCAGGCAAAGUCACUGCCACUCUCGCUCAAGGGCAAGGAUGUCUUGGGCGCCGCCAGGACAGGGUCGGGGAAGACGCUCGCUUUCCUCAUACCCAUCCUCGAGCGUCUAUAUAGAGCCAAAUGGGGGGCAGCGGAUGGGCUGGGAGCACUCAUCAUAUCACCUACUCGCGAGCUAGCAAUGCAGAUCUUCGACGUGCUGCGCAAGAUGGGCUCGUUCCAUUCCUUCUCCGCGGGGCUGCUCAUCGGUGGCAAGGACCUCAAGCAGGAGCAAGAUAGGCUCGCCAGAAUGAACAUCGUCGUCGCUACUCCUGGUAGACUACUCCAACACAUGGACCAGACCAUCGGCUUCGACUGCUCCAACGUGCAGUGCCUCGUCCUCGACGAAGCGGAUCGACUACUCGACAUGGGAUUCGCAAAUACCCUAAAUGCAAUCGUUGAGAACCUGCCAAAGCAACGCCAAACGCUCCUCUUCUCUGCGACACAGACAAAGAAGGUCAAGGACCUCGCACGACUCAGCCUCAAGGAGCCAGAAUACGUCGCAGUCCGAGAGGCAGAUUCAGCAGCGACGGGGCCAGACGGCGCCGACGCCACCACGUCAAGUAAUGGCCUCACGCCGCGCAACCUCGAGCAACACUACAUGGUCGUGCCCCUCGAGCAAAAGCUGGAUCUCCUCUUCUCCUUCCUCCGCACCCACACCAAGUCCAAAAUGCUCGUCUUCUUCUCCUCGUGCAGGCAGGUCCAAUUCGCACACGAGACCUUCUGCAAGCUUCGCCCUGGUCUCUCCAUCCUCUGCCUGCACGGCAAGCAGAAGCAGGCUAAGCGACUACAGGUCUUCACCGAGUUCACAAGAACACAGGACGCAGCCCUCUUCGCCACGGACAUCGCUGCGCGCGGCCUCGACUUCCCUGCGGUAGACUGGGUUAUCCAAGUCGACGCACCAGAGGAUGCGGAUACCUACGUGCAUCGCGUGGGCCGAACGGCGCGCUACCAGUCCAAGGGCAAUUCCCUCCUCUUCGCCCUCCCCAGCGAAGAGGCCGGCGUGCUCAAGCGACUCGGCGAGAAGCAUAUUGCCGUUAAUCGCAUCAAGCCGAGGGAGAGCAAGACGCAGUCCAUUCAAAACCAGCUGCAGUCUUUCCUGUUCCAGAGCCCGGAGCUCAAGUACCUUGGACAAAAGGCCUUCGUAUCUUAUGUGCGAUCGGUCCACCUGCAAAAAGACAAGGAAGUCUUCGACGUGCUUGAGCUGCCACUCGAAAAGUACGCCGCUGCCCUUGGUCUGCCGGGGGCGCCGAAGGUCAAGUUUGUAAAGGAGGCGGCGGGCGCUAGGAAGAAGGCUGAGGCUAAGGCGAGGAAGGAAGCCGAGCGUGCGCUGGCUGACGGGGAGGAGCAGCAAGGAUCAGCGGCGGUGCGUACCAAGUACGACCGCAUGUUUGGCAGGACUAACCAGGGCGUGCUCUCCGAGCAUUACGCUAAGCUGGUGUCGGAGGGACAUGAUGAGGAGAGCAGUAGCGAGGACGAAGGAGAGGCGCCCGCGGCACCGGCGGAGCGACCUCUGAUCGGCGGCGAGGCAGAAGACGACGACGACGAAGAAGGCGCCGACUUCCUCACCCUCAAGCGCGCCGAUCAUGCCCUCGACGAGUCGGACGACGACUGCGAGGAAGCCAACACACCCCAGCUCGCCACAGCCGCGGCCGCGACCGCCUCCUCCAGCAAACUCGACACGAUGCGCGAGCAAGAAAUCUCGAAACGCAAGCUCCUCCAAGGUCAAUCCAAAAAGGCAAUGGCCGAAGCCGGCAAACGAGGGAUAGGUACAAAGCUCACAUUUGAUGACGCCGGUACGGCGCAUGCCGCUUAUGAGCUGCAGACCGAACAGGACUUUGCCGCGCAGGGCGAUGCGGCGGAGCAGGCUAGGCGUUUCGUGGAGGAGGAGCAGGAGAGAUUGAGGGAGAAGGAUAGGGAGAGGGGCAGAGUUGAGGAGAGUGAGGAUGACGAACAAGGUGGAGUGGCGAUGGCGUUGGCGCCUGAAGAUACCAGAAGUGACGGCUAUGAGACGCCAGACUUCGACCUUGAUGAGGAUGAUGAGAGCGAGGGUGCCAGCAGCGACGAUGAUCCCAGCGACGGGGUUAGCAGCGACAGUGAUAGCGACGACGACGACGACGACGACGGUCCACCAGAGGCGGAGCAAGCAACGGGCAAAGGUCGCAAGAACCUCAAGCAGGCACCGGCGACCACCAAGCAGCAGCGCAAGAAGAAGACUCCCGUCGAACCGGAGCACAGCGCCCCAACAAACGUGGCCGACGACGAGGAGCUCGCAUUGCGCAUUCUUGGCGGCGGCGGCGGCAUGGCCUGAUCACACUUCUCUCACCCGCGCUCGCACCGCCCUC